UUAUUCCUUAGCUCCUCCAGUCUCUGUUCUAGGGCAGCCUUCACAAGGCAUCAAUCCCAGGGAUGUGCUCCCUAACUCACCUCUUCUCCUGCUUCUCUCCUUCCAGCCUGACCGGGAAAGAAGCCCUGACCCACUGGCCAUCGCUGGGCGCCCCGGGGGGCUCUGGCCCGGCCAAGGGGCACAUGAAGCAGUGCGAGCUGCUCCAGCUGUCCCGCAAGCAGAAGCGGCUGUGCCGGAGGGAGCCGGGGCUGGCGGAGACGCUGCGGGACGCGAUCCGCCUGGGCAUCCUCGAGUGCCAGUUCCAGUUCCGCAGCGAGCGCUGGAACUGCAGCCUGGAGGGCCGGCCCAGCCUGCUCAAGAGAGGUUUUAAGGAAACAGCCUUCCUGUAUGCUGUGUCCUCGGCCGCCCUGACGCACUCGCUGGCGCGGGCGUGCAGCGCGGGGCGCAUGGAGCGCUGCACCUGCGACGACUCCCCGGGCCUGGAGAACCGCAAGGCCUGGCAGUGGGGCGUCUGCGGGGACAACCUCAAGUACAGCACCAAGUUCCUGAAAAAGUUCCUGGGGCAGAAGAGGAUCGGCAAAGACCUGCGGGCCAAGGUGGACAUCCACAACACCAACGUGGGAAUCAAGGCAGUGAAGAACGGCCUCAAAACCACCUGCAAGUGCCACGGCGUGUCCGGCUCCUGCGCGGUGCGGACGUGCUGGAAGCAGCUCUCACCUUUCCACGAGAUCGGGCGGCUCCUGAAGCUGCGCUACGAUGACGCCGUCAAGGUCUUCAGCACCAGCAACGACGCCGUGGGACACUCGGAGCUGGCGGGGCCGCACAGACACGGCCACUCGGCCAAGCAGCCCUUCCUGCCCCGCCCCACGGACCUGGUGUACGUGGAGGACUCGCCCAGCUUCUGCCGGCCCAGCAAAUACUCCCUGGGCACCGCGGGCAGGACCUGCUCCCGCGAGGGCAACUGCGACAGCAUGUGCUGCGGCCGGGGCUACAACACCCAGAGCCGCCUGGUCACCUUCUCGUGCCACUGCCAGGUGCAGUGGUGCUGCUACGUGGAGUGCCAGCAGUGCAUGCAGGAGGAGGUGGUCUACAGCUGCAAGCAGUAGGACAGCCCCGAGGGGCGAGGCGAGUCCAGGGGAGCAGCAGGGGGACAGGGACAUGGCUCUCUGCUGUGGGGUGAGGGCCAAGGCGGGCACCAAAUGUGUGCAUUGCUCUUCCAACCUCGGUAUUGAGAUGCUCCAAACCUCGGCAUUGAGAUGCUCCAAACCUCGGCGUUGAGGUGAUCCAACCUUGGCAUUGAGAUGCUCCAAAUUCGGCAUUGAGAUGCUCCAAACCUCGGCAUUGAGAUGCUCCAAACCUCGGCAUUGAGGUGAUCCAAACCUCGGCGUUGAGAUGCUCCAACCUCGGCAUUGAGAUGCUCCAAACCUCGGCGUUGAGGUGAUCCAACCUCAGCAUUGAGAUGCUCCAAAUUCAGCAUUGAGAUGCUCCAAACCUCGGCGUUGAGAUGCUCCAAACCUCGGCGUUGAGGUGAUCCAACCUCGGCGUUGAGAUGCUCCAAACCUCGGCAUUGAGAUGCUCCAAACCUCGGCGUUGAGAUGCUCCAAACCUCGGCGUUGAGGUGAUCCAACCUCGGCAUUGAGAUGCUCCAAACCUCGGCGUUGAGAUGCUCCAAACCUCGGC